AUGCUGGAAAAACGCCAGAAUAACGGUAAUGGAAAUAAUGGAAAUGGAGGGCAGCAGCAGACAUCAUCUCAGACCGGAACGCAAACUGCAUCUCAGCAGAGCCAGACGGGCACACAGACUGGCACCCAGACACAGUCGAAUUCCACCUCCACUGGGAAUGCCAUGCCCACGAUACCCCAAAGUGCCCCAGCUGGCAUAAUCACAGUCACCCAACCACCUCAGCAGUCGACUUCGUAUUUCAAAAUUGCACCCAGUCAGUAUAUCACCUUUGGUUGGAACUUCAGCUACAUUAUAGCAACACCAACACAUCUGACCGUGUCCGCCGUUUGCGAAAACGGGAAUACGUACCCCGUUGGUCCGACCAACGGUAUAAUACCCGGCACUGCUACCAACGUCGUCUGGGAUCCAUACUCCUACCAGACGUCGCAUCCGAACCUGCCGCUGGCUCAGGCAGAGUACAACUUGAGGAUAUGGGGUGACCAGGGGCCGGACGCUCCUCGCGCCCCUGGAUACCUGACUCCAAAUAGCGGAUUGACGUUUGCACUAUACACCCCCCAACCUUACACGCCAAUUAGUAGCGGUUGGGGAUGCCCGGGAUGCUCUGGUGCGCUAUCACAGUACAUUUCGCACCCUGCUUUCGCUGGUAUCGUCGCAACCCUGCUUGUCAUGUUUUUGUCGGGCUCAGCUCUCCUGCGGCGCCUAUGA